AUGGAAGAGGGAGAGGGACUGAAUCCAAAGCUAGCACCCAAUAAUGGCAUUCAAAUCAAAAAUAUUAAGAAGAAUCAAAUUGGCAAAGGGAAGAGAGUUGUGAAGCAGAUGGAUGUUGAUCGGGAAAUGGGCAUUCCCUUCCAAGAGGAAAUAAUUAUGGACAUCCUUAGCAGGUUACCCGUGCAGUCUCUUCUUCGAUUCAAAUGUGUUUCAAAACCUUGGAAGAAAUUAAUCUCCGAGCCUUACUUUACGAGGAUGCAUCUCAGUCAUGGCAAGAAUAAUCAAAAUUCCCAGAGAUUUCUUAUUUGCCAAGAGAAGCCUAAGGGUGGUAUGGUUUCCUGCUAUCAUGCUUCUUUACCAUCUAUUGAACUGGUUGAGGAUGUACAAAAGCUUGAUUGCCCUUCAGACUUUAAACCAUGGUUCUUCGUAAUCUUUUGUUGUUUCGAUGGCUUGUCUCUUAUCACUGUUGGUAGUUAUCAUGAUCUCAUAUGUUUGCUAUGGAACCCCUUCACAAGAGAAUCAGUAGUACUUCCCCGUCCAGAAUUUCCACCGAAGGAAGACUUUAUAUGCGGACUGGGAUAUGACUCAACUACUGAUGACUACAAGAUCCUUAAGAUUGAUAUGGACAGAAAUCAUAAUUGUGGAGUACCUAAUGAAAUUCUCUCACUAAAAAAUGGCUCCUGGAGUAAAAUUGAUGAACAUCCUAGUGGCAUUAGCUAUGUGGUGAAUGCUAGGAGUUCUUUGGCAUUUGUACAUGGAGCAUUUCAUUGGCUCGGUUAUUCACGAAAUUAUUCUAUGAUUUCAUUUAGUAUUUCAAAUGAGGUGUACGGAGAAAUACCAUUGCCGGAGCGGAUGUGUUUGGUACAGAGGCACAAUGAGUUUGACGUUUCGGUAUUGGAAGGAAUGCUUUGUGUUUAUUCUGCUGAUACUGAUACUGAGAGGCAGUACACUUUUAAGUCAUGGCUAAUGAAGGACUAUGGUGUCAAGGAAUCAUGGACUGAAUUGAUUACUAUACAAGAUAAUGGGAUUUCUUUAGCCACACCUAAAUAUAGGUUUACAAAUGGUGAGGUUCUACUCCGUUGCGUAGAUGCGAAAGGUCGGAUAGUAUUUAUGACAUCUAAAGGACCAUUUGGAUCAUGGCCUCGAUUUGACAUCGCUGAGGAUGGAUUCGUUAUAACGGAAAGCUUGAUCUCUCCAAAAUUACUUAUGUAG